UUCAGGGCCAAAUUCUUAUCAGUACUUUUGUGUGUGUAAGUUUAUCAUGUUCAUAAAUAAGCAAAAAUGGCGACUUUAAUGGUCGAAAUUUUGUGUCUGUUUCUGUCUGUGUCCGUCGUUUGCGGGGCGGAGUGUCAGGGCAAGCCGAGCCCAGACGCCCGUCAGAAUCUGAACCCGAUAUUUGGUGGGAUGCCAACGUUUGUCCGGCAGGUCCGCAACGGGAAACUCUACCAGGCCGGGAUCAGCCAGGACUCAUUCUACGUCGUCCAUGUCUGGGGAACUCCUUACGAGAUGGGAUACGCCCAAGGAGAGCUCAUGAAGACAGAGACCAUCAACUUUAUGAACUCAGUGUGGAAAUAUCUAGAGGAUCAAGUGAUUGGCGAUAUCAACAGUACUUUUUUCCAACCAUGGUUCUUAAAGGAUGUAGCGGACUUUGGUCUUGUCGCGGCGCUGGACCUUGAGCUGACGAUCACUCGGAAGUACACGGGAAACUACUUCUUUGAGGAAGCACAGGGACUGGCGGACGCCACCGGUGUUGACUAUAUGACCAUUCAAAGAAUACACGUGAUUGGAGAACUAACGAAGGGCGACUGUUCCAUGAUGGGUGCCUGGGGUUCCGCCGUGCGAGACCCGAACUCACUCCUCCAGCUGAGGGCCCUAGACUGGAACACUGACGGGCCAUUCAAAGAUUUCCCCCAGGUAACCGUUUAUCAUCCUUCAAGUGGCAAUGGUCAUCCCUUUGCUAACAUUGGCUGGACAGGUUGGCUUGGAUCAAUUACCGGGUUCAACAAGGCUCAGCUGUCUAUCUCUGAGAUUGGCGUGACUUUCCCGGACAAGACGUUCGGCACUGAGUCCAGAUUCGGCAUCCCGUUCACGUACAUCUUGCGUGACGUGCUGCAGUUUGACACAAGCCUGGCGGGGGCCCAAACCCGUCUAUCCAACGCCCACCGCACGUGUAACCUCAUACUCGGUGUCGGCGACGCCAAGAGUCGAUCUUUCCGUGGGAUCGAGUACUCGGCGUCCGUGGCCAACUUCUACACGGACACGGAUAUGCAGCCCACGGCCGACUGGCAUCCACGCAUCAAGAAUGUCGUAUAUUACGGCAUGGACUGGUUAUGCCCAAGCUUUAGCGAGGUGCUAGCGCGCCAAAUCUCCACACACUAUGGCAACCUCUCCCCAGACGUCAUUGUGCGGGACAUCGUAUCCAUCGAGCAAUCUGGCAGCCUGCACAUCGCCAUCUACGACAUGGCAAACGAGGCCGUAUACAUCGCUAACGCCCGCAGUUCAACGGAGUCUGGGCCACUAAAUGCCUACGAGAGGACGUUUAUUCGCCUGAACACAACGGCGCUGUUUGGCACACCUGCCCCCGCGAUCUACUGAUGUUAGCUGACCGCCUCAUGUACCUGUGUCAGGCCCCAAUUUUUCCACAUAUCUUAAAAUCUUAUAACACAAUUUAGCUAAUCUCGUUCUGUUGUUAUAAAUUCUGUAAUUUUGUCUCUUUAAAGAUUUGAGACUUUUAUAUUAAAAUAAAAAUAAUGCACAAUGUUUUGGUUUAUAAACUCAAGUGUAUUGGUAAUUUGGCUGAAAGAAAGAAUCUGUUACUCUUUAGAUGUCUCGAGAAAUUGGAGCCAGAUGUUUGAAUGUACAAUAUACUAAUUAAAAUGUGGAUCUAA